AUGAGAAGACUGGUCAGCAUCAUCUUCUUCCCCUUUCGCUCCUCUUUCUUUUUCUUAUCUUCCUCCUUAUCCCACUUUUGCAUUUUAUAUCAUCUUCUUGUUCUUCAUCUUAUCUCGUUUUCUUCUGCAUCAACGUACUCUUCUCCUUCAUUUUCGUCUCCGCACAUACCGACAAUCACAUCAUUCAAGCGCAACUUUACUUCGUCUUCCCUUUCGGCCAAUUCACGAAUCUCCCCGAUCCUCGCGCUUUGUCACGCGAAAACCAACCAUGCAACCAUGCCUGAAUCUCCACACAGUGCGCCCUCGAAAGCCGACUUUUCUGCGCGCCCAGCUCAAAAAUUUGCUGCUCUGCUCAGUCGACUGAAGAUGGUCCGGCCUGCUCAAAGCCGGUUCACCGGAGCCUACGUCGCAUUCGACGAGGUCGGGCUUAAGGCCGCCAGAAGACGAGAACCGACUUGA